AUGGCCGCGAUAUACACGGUCUACACAUCCCCCACCCAUCCACCAAUUCCGAAUCAUCUCCCGACCCUGAUUGUAACUCCCCAUGGACAACCAAGUAACAUUCUGUAUUCGUAUCUACACACCAACUUCAACACAGAGAAUUAUCUCUUGACUCCCUCUCCUCAAGGUGAUUUGUGCGUAGCCAAGCUCUUCCCUCCCCGCCCCGGUGCGCCGGGAAAAGCUACCGCUUCAGAUCCUGGUCACACUACCUCCUCGUCUUCCCGAGUCGUGCGCUGUGAAGCCUCCCGCAACCUCAAAUGGUCGAUCACCAAUACCGGUGUGCUGUCCCCCAUUUACAAGCUGGCCCUUCCCUCUCCCGACUCCGCCGAUCUGCCUUUAUUCCAGAUCUCGAAGCCUAACCCAAACGCCGGCUUCUGGAGUAUGUUUUAUUUCGCAUACGCCGGGCACAACAUACCACCUAAGAGAAUUGAAUUCGGGAAGAUCCAGAAGAAUCCACCCGGCCCGAAUGGCGGUGGAACAAGGAUCAGCAUUACCGGCAAGACGCCCGAAGAAAAAGCGGUUUGGCAGACUUUGGGAGAGGGCAACGAGGAUUGUGUCGAAUGGGUCGUGCUCUGUGCAGCUCUGAACUUGCUUGACGACGAGAUCAUAAAGGCUGCUGAGAAGAACGGCCCCCCUCCGGGUGCUCCACUUGCUGCGAAUGGAGGUCAGGGAGGCCGCCCAGCGCCUGUUUCAUUGCGGGAUCCCGGUCCUACCCCCGCUCCAGUGCCCGGCCAACCCUCGCGCUCUGCAACGGUUCCUCCCACGGCCAACUCACCUCCUCAGCGCGGACCCGCCCCACAUCCCGGCGGCGUGCCAACGGGCAAUCGCCCGUCGGGCCCUCCAGGACCGCCCUUCCCUUCACAAGGCUUCCCACCCCAGCAAGGCCUCCCACGCGGUCCUGGUUAUGGCGGUGUGCCGCCCCCACAAGGGUACGCUCCUGGACCUGGUCAAGGAUACCUUCCGCCGGGUCCAGGACAGCCGCGCCCCGGUCCUCCUGGACAGUACCCUCCGGGCGGCGCAUAUCCUCAUGGACCUCCACGACAGGCGCCGCCCCCUCAAGGUCAGCCGCCCCGGCGCUUCUAG